UGAUGUACCGUUGUAGUUGCGGUGUUCGGUCAGUCAGCAAGUCAUUUGGUUUCAACUGCGAGUGAAGAAAGUAUUAAUAUCAGUAAUCGGGAGUUUUAUCGUGGUAUACUUGUGUCUCAGGACAGAUUUAGCUUUAAACAGUGAUAUUAGAAAUAUUUGAAACAUGAGGUUAUUAUCUCCAAUUCUUCUUGGGAUUGUGUUCUGCACAGUCUGUAGAGGUGCUACAGAUGACAAGAAUAAGGAUAUUGGAACAGUAAUUGGCAUAGAUUUGGGAACAACAUAUUCUUGUGUUGGUGUUUACAAGAAUGGCAGAGUAGAGAUCAUCGCCAAUGACCAAGGUAACAGAAUCACACCAUCCUAUGUUGCUUUCACACUUGAGGGAGAACGUCUUAUUGGAGAUGCUGCCAAGAACCAGCUUACGACCAAUCCUGAAAACACAGUGUUCGAUGCCAAGCGUCUCAUUGGCAGAGAUUGGGGUGACAGCACCGUUCAGUCAGAUAUCAAAUUCUUCCCAUUCAAGGUCGUUGAGAAGAAUGGCAAGCCUCACAUUCAAGUAAGCACAUCUCAGGGAGUCAAAGUUUUUGCUCCGGAAGAAAUCUCAGCUAUGGUCCUUGGAAAAAUGAAGGAAACUGCAGAAGCUUAUUUGGGAAAGAAGGUUACACAUGCCGUGGUGACAGUGCCUGCCUACUUUAACGAUGCCCAGAGACAGGCUACCAAGGAUGCUGGUAUUAUUGCUGGUCUCAACGUCAUGAGAAUCAUCAAUGAACCGACAGCCGCUGCCAUUGCUUACGGUCUGGACAAGAGAGAAGGAGAGAAGAAUGUGCUGGUGUUUGACCUUGGUGGUGGUACCUUCGACGUGUCACUCCUCACAAUUGAUAACGGCGUGUUUGAGGUGGUUUCAACCAACGGAGACACUCAUCUUGGAGGCGAGGACUUUGACCAGCGAGUCAUGGACCACUUUAUCAAGCUGUACAAGAAGAAGAAGGGCAAGGACAUCAGAAAGGACAACCGAGCUGUGCAGAAGUUGAGACGAGAGGUUGAGAAGGCCAAGAGAGCUCUGUCGUCCAGUCACCAAGUUAGGAUUGAGAUUGAAAGCUUCUUUGAGGGAGAAGACUUCUCUGAGACUCUGACCCGUGCCAAGUUUGAAGAGCUGAACAUGGACUUGUUCAGAUCAACCAUGAAGCCCGUCCAGAAGGUAUUGGAAGACGCUGACAUGAACAAGAAGGACGUAGAUGAGAUUGUGUUGGUCGGUGGUAGUACACGUAUCCCCAAGGUUCAGCAGUUGGUCAAGGAGUUCUUCAACGGAAAAGAGCCCUCUCGAGGAAUCAAUCCUGAUGAAGCUGUGGCCUAUGGAGCGGCUGUGCAGGCCGGUGUGUUGUCUGGAGAGCAAGACACGGACGCCAUUGUCCUGCUGGACGUCAACCCUCUCACCAUGGGUAUUGAGACUGUCGGAGGAGUCAUGACCAAGCUCAUCCCUCGUAACACUGUCAUCCCCACUAAGAAGUCUCAGAUCUUCUCUACCGCAGCUGACAACCAACACACUGUUACCAUCCAGGUGUACGAAGGUGAGAGACCAAUGACCAAGGACAACCAUCUGUUGGGCAAGUUUGACUUGACAGGAAUCCCCCCCGCUCCUCGAGGUGUGCCACAGAUUGAGGUUACGUUCGAGAUCGAUGCCAACGGUAUUUUGCAGGUAUCUGCUGAAGACAAGGGAACCGGAAACAGGGAGAAGAUUGUGAUCACAAACGACCAGAACAGGCUGACCCCUGAUGACAUUGAGAGAAUGAUCAAGGACGCUGAGAAGUUUGCUGAUGAUGACAAGAAGCUGAAGGAAAGGGUGGAGGCUAGGAACGAACUGGAAUCUUACGCUUACUCGCUCAAGAACCAGCUCGGCGACAAGGAUAAACUGGGAGCCAAGGUGAGUGAUAGCGACAAGUCUAAGAUGGAGGAAGUCAUCGAAGAGAAGAUCAAAUGGCUAGAAGACAACCAGGACGUGGAUGCAGAAGAGUACAAGAAACAGAAGAAGGAAUUGGAAGAUGUCGUACAACCAAUCAUCGCAAAACUGUACCAAGGAGCAGGUGGUCCUCCACCCCCGGCAGGCGGUGAAGACGACGACGUCAAAGACGAGCUGUAAAGACUGCACACGCGUAGCUUUAAGUCAUCCUCAUGAACAGUGUUCCGUGCAACUAAACCAUGAAACAUGAAAUAUAAUUUCAGUAUUUCAUCCCCAAACUGAAAUAGUUGUCAUACAACAUAGUCUUCAGUAUCACUUAUGCUUUUUAUCAUUUUGUACAGAACAGGUUAAAAACUGUUUAAUUGAAUAUAUUAUUCAAUUUUGUUAUUUAUUAUGAAUGAAGACUGUUACCGACAGAUGUUACCACGACUGCUGUAUAUGUCUUUUAUAUUUAUUCUGUUGUGAUAAUGUCUGUCGAAUUUAGCUUUCAGUUUGUAUGAGAGCGUUGAUGUGUGUGAGUGUGUUGGUAACAUAAGAAUACAAUUUUUUGAUAAA